AUGAGCUCUCCUCGAAUCGCCCUCGUCACUGGCGCCAACCGUGGGAUCGGGCGUGCUAUCUGCGCUGCUCUGAUUCAGCAAUGCACGGGUCCCUUAAUCCUAUACACGGCCUCCCGUGCAGGGGCUUCUGUUGACCUGAACGGACUAUCUAUCCCACCGGCCGUGCAAGUUCGACCUGCUCAGCUAUCUCUCACCGAUCAGGCUAGUAUUACUGCCCUCAGCACGAUGAUUGGCAGUGAGCACCAGGGUUGCGACAUUCUCAUCAACAAUGCCGGCCUCUACUAUUUUCAGGAGAACAUCACUACCGCACAGCGUCAGGAAACUCUCGACGUGAACUAUCGCGGGACCCUCAAUGUCUGUCAAGCAUUCUUACCGAUUAUGCGCAAAGGUGGCCGUAUUGUCAACGUCUCCUCACAAUCCGGGCAGCUCAAAUACUUCCAUCCUCGCUUGCGAGCGCAAUUCCUUAAGCCCGAUCUCACCCUUGACGAGCUAGACGCUCUAGUUAGCGAGUAUACCCGCUUAGCGAACCAGAAAGCUGCGACCGCGUCGGGCUGGCCUCCCUUGACCUACUUCGCAAGCAAGGCGGCUGUGAACGCCGCAACACGGAUUCUAGCCCGCGAAAAUCCUCAUCUGCUUAUUAAUUGCUGCUGCCCCGGGUGGGUGGGCACGACGCUAGGUGCCCAGGCAGGUCCACCGCCUAAGUCUGUCGAGGCAGGGGCGAAGAUCCCGGUGCGACUAGCGAUUGGUAAUAUCGGACGGGUCAGUGGGCGGUACUGGGCAAAUGACUCGGUGGCGAGCGCGGCUGAUGGAAAGGUCCAGGAGUGGUAA